AAGAACCCUGUGAGGCCCUCUCGCAGGUUGAGACACAACUAAAUGAACAAAAAAGUGCUAGAGGUCAUUGAGAAAAUGGGAUAUGAUAUUGAGCGCUUCGUCGGUUAUGUGAAUGAAGGGCUCCUGUGCUGCAUCUGCCGAGAUGUGUUGGAAGAUCCCUUGCAGGCUCCUUGCGAACAUGCUUUCUGCACUUCCUGCAUACACGGGUGGCUUGUCCAUCACAGCAACUGCCCAGAAGAUCGUCAGCCACUUGAUCUGUCUGUCCUUCGACCGCUUUACAGAUAUAUGAAGAAUGAUCUCAAUCGACUCCAGAUUCGCUGCAGGAACAGAGAGUGUGGCUGUGAAAUGGUGUGCUCACUGGAAUCCAUUGACCGACAUGAACGCGAGUGUGAAUGCAGCCGGGUCCCCUGUUCAAAUAGCGGUUGCCCAGCUCGGGUUGAAAGACGUAACCUAGACAGCCACUUGGCAGUGUGCGAAUACAGGAGCCGCGAGUGCCCCAAAGGUUGUGGGUAUGCCAUCCUCAGCGCUGAUGAUGCGCAACAUAAUUGUGUGGCAGAGCUGAGAACGGAACUAGAACUGCUCAGGUCAGAGAUGAUCUACCGGAUGGAAGAGGCAAAACAUGAGAUGGAAUCUCGACUAGAUUCUCAAAGGAAGCAUAUGGUGCAAAAGGAGAGUCUUUUGCAAAAUCAGAUUGAAGAGCUAAAGAGCCAGAUGUCCAGGAUGAUGUCUGACAUACGUACCCUGCUGGCAACAGAGAGGCAGCAUCACCAAGAACUGGAGCAGGCACAGCUUGAAAAGCUAGAAUUACUGGAGUUAGUGAAGACUCUCCAGGAAGACUGUCGGUUGACUAGGGGUGGAAGCAAGAAAGCAACGCACGUUCGACCUCUGACCCGACUGGAAAGCAUGAAGUGAAAGCCAGAGGUGGCUGUUAUAUAAGAUUGGAUUGCUGCAGUCUGCUUUAUGUGGUGCUUCCUUUUUCUGGAUCUGGCAAAUGACAAUUGGUG